UGAGACUGUGCUACCAAAUCUCUAGUUAGCAGCACCUCUUUUUCUCUGCAGUGGGGGUGGGGGAGUGGGGUAGAGGACCCUGAUGAACCCCGGGGGACUCAUGAGGGGACUGAAGGAUGUAGCGCUCCCUUGACUCUGAGAUAUCUGUGAAAGUGACCAGAUGCAGCAGGAACAGGACUCUGCUCCCUCUUUCCUUCUCCACGAACAAACCUAGGCCUAGACUGACCUCCAGGAGAAGUCUUCAAUAGUGAUGCACUCCUGCAGUCUUGGGUGGAGGGGGGUGUGGGUAAAGGCAGGAGGAUUGUCACAAAGUUUGGGGCCCAGCCUGAUCUAGGCUUGUUUCCAAAAGUUUCAGCCCAGCCAGGGCUAUAUAAGUGACAUGGUAUAUAUACAUUUAUUAAAAAUCAGGAGACUUCAGCAGCUGGUGAAAGCAACUCUUCUUUUUCCGGGACUGUGAUAUUGUCAGAUAACUCCAAUGGGCGUGAACAGCAUUGUUGAGGGGCAGGGGCCCCAUAGCCAGAAACUCCGGCCUGUGUGUCUUCCAGACAGCCCUUCAUACCCUUUCUAGACAGCCCCUCCUCAGGGCUCAGGGGCUUGUCUGGUGUCGAGCUCCCAGGAGGUCCCAGGGGUGUGACCUUCUUGUCCUUCCUCCCUGCCCCCCACCCCAGGGCCAGCUAUAAAGAAAGCCAGCACCAGUCCGCAGCAGGCCAUCUAGGCCCCAAGAGCUUUUCGGGAGCACUUUAGGGACGCACACAUCCACAGCCCCUCCUGGCCAGCGCCAUGCGGUCCCUGUGGCUCUGCUGGGUACUCUGGGUGCUCCCCCUCGCUGGCCGUGGGGCGGCUGUGACCGAGGAGCAGGUCCUGGUCAGACUACUGCAGCAGCUGCAGCUCAGCCAGGCUCCCGUGCUGGACAGGGUGGAUGUGGAGGGAAUGGCCAUCCCUGCCCAGGUGAGGGCCCAGUACGUGGCCCUGCUGCAGCGAAGCCAUGUUGACCGCGCCCGAGGCAAGAGGUUCAGCCAGAACUUCAGAGAGGUGGCAGGCAGGUUCCUGGUGUCCGAGACCUCCACGCACUUGCUAGUGUUCGGCAUGGAGCAGCGGCUGCCGCCCAAUAGCGAGUUGGUGCAGGCCGUGCUGCGGCUGUUCCAGGAACCGGUCCCCAGAACUGCUCUCCGGAGGCAUGAAAGGCUGUCCCCCCACAGUGCCCGGGCUCGGGUCACCAUUGAGUGGCUGAGAGUUCGUGAGGACGGCUCCAACCGCACCGCCCUCAUCGACUCUAGGCUCGUGUCCGUCUACGAGAGCGGCUGGAAGGCCUUCGACGUGACCGAGGCCGUGAACUUCUGGCAGCAGCUGAGCCGGCCGAGGCAGCCGCUGCUGCUGCAGGUGUCGGUGCAGAGGGAGCACCUGGGCCCGGGGACCUGGAGCGCACACAAGUUGGUCCGGUUUGCUGCGCAAGGGGCGCCGGGCAGCGAGGGACAGGGCGAGCCACAGCUGGAGUUGCACACGCUGGACCUCAAGGACUACGGAGCUCAAGGCAAUUGUAACCCUGAGGCCCAAGUGACCAAAGGCACCCGAUGCUGUCGCCAAGAGAUGUACCUUGACCUGCAGGGGAUGAAGUGGGCGGAGAACUGGAUCCUCGAACCCCCAGGGUUCCUGAUCUAUGAGUGUGUGGGCAGCUGCCUGCAGCCACCGGAGUCCCUGACCAUCAAGUGGCCAUUUCUGGGGCCACGGCAGUGCAUUGCCUCAGAGAUGACUUCCCUGCCGGUGAUUGUCAGCAUGAAGGUGGGAGGCAGGACCAGGCCUCAGGUGGUCAGCCUGCCCAACAUGAGGGUACAGAAGUGUAGCUGUGCCUCCGAUGGGGCGCUCAUACCCAGGGGGAUAGAUCUGUAGUCCCUUGUUCCCACAGUUUUACACUUAGUAAGUUGACUUGUCCUGACUCAGUGUCCACCUUUCACCUUUGCCCUACAGUCCUCCGUGUCUUGGCUUCCUUGUCCAUCACCCAGUCUAAGCACUUAUGUGAGUAAAUAAUAAUGUCACUCCACCGGGACACCCUGGUGCACUUGGUAGACGACAUGGCUAAGCAGUGGACAUUGCCAGCUGAAUCUGUUUUCGGGCCAAUUCUCAGAUAAUUGUGCAACAAAACCCUAUGGUGAGAACAGGGGAAUCGGCUCAUUCACUCUGUCACAUGGUGGUGUUUGAAUUCAUUCCACAAAACAAAGCAAACAGAGAAAUCCCAGCGAGCCCUAGACAGGAGAACAUCUGGAAGAGAGCCUCCUCAACACUAGCACACUCUAGACUUCUUUAAAUUUCUUUUGGGACAGGGUCUCGAUAUGUAGCCAGGGCGGCCUCGGACUCAAAAAUACACCUCUCUCUGCCUUCCAAGUGCUGAAAUGAAGGCACUGUGGCCAGGCGGUGGUGGCGC